AUGAAUUGGUUGCUCUCUCUGUUGGCUCUGGCCUCCACGGUUGUGGCCCACCAGUGUCACUGUUUGCCCGGUGACAGCUGCUGGCCCUCCACCUCCUCCUGGUCAUCCCUCAACCAAACGGUCGGCGGUCGUCUGGUGGCUACCGUGCCCAUUGGUACUCCCUGCCACGGUGCUGCCUACAAUGCCGCUGCCUGUGCCACUCUGCGGUCCGAUUGGACUCUGCCGGAGACGCACAUGGACUCCUCCUCCUCGGUGAUGCAAACCUUCUUUGCCAACCAGAGCUGUGAUCCCUUCACCCCCAAGAGCCGGCCCUGCGAGCUGGGCAACUACGUGAGCUACGCCGUCAACGUCUCCUCCACCCGGGAUGUCGUGGCCGCCGUCCGGUUCGCCCGCAAGAACAACGUCCGUUUCGUCAUCCGAAACACUGGCCAUGAUUACCUCGGCCGCUCAACCGGUGCUGGUGCUCUGUCGGUCUGGACCCACCAUAUGACCGAUAUUGAGUACAAGAACUGGUCCAGCGAGAUCUACAAGGGACCCGCCUUCAAGGUCGGUGCCGGUGUCGUGGGAUACCAGAUCCUCGACGUUGCUCAUGCCAAGGGCCUAGUCGUUGUCACGGGCGAGUGCCCCACCGUCGGUCUGGCCGGUGCCUACACCCAGGGUGGUGGUCACUCCGCUCUGAGUACCAGUUUCGGUCUCGGUGCCGAUCAGACCCUUGAAUUCGAGGUCGUUACCGCCAACGGCACCGUCGUGACUGCCUCGCGCACUGAGCACCCGGACCUCUUCUGGGCCCUCAGCGGUGGUGGCGGCGGUAACUACGGCGUCGUCGUGUCCAUGACCGUCAAGGCUCACGCCGAUGCCACCGUUUCCGGUGCGACGGUCGAGUUCACUGCCUCUGGCAUCACCACCGACACCUUCUUCCAGGCCGUCUCGGAGUUCCACUCCCUCCUGCCCGCCAUGAUCGACUCCGGUGCCACCGUCAUCUACGAGAUGACCAACGCCGUCUUCCUGAUCCACCCUGUCACGGCCUUCAAUCAGACCAAGGAGGAUGUGAAGAACACGCUGACCCCCUUCCUGUCUGCCCUAGCCGACCUCAACAUCACCUACAAGGCCACCUAUACCGAGUUCGACUCCUACUACAAGCACUACAGCACCUACAUGGGUCCCUUACCCUACGGCAACCUCGCCGUCGCUGACUACCAGUACGGCGGCCGCCUGAUCCCCCGCACCACCCUGGAGCAAAACUCCACCGCCAUGGGCGCCGUCCUGCGCAACCUCACCUCGCAGGGCGUCAUCGUCGUCGGCGUCGGCUUGGACGUCUCCCACCCGACCAACGUCUCCAACGCCGUCUUCCCCGCCUUCCGUAACGCCGCCAUCACCAUGCAGAUCGGCACUCCGUGGAACGAGACCGCGCCCUGGAGCAAGAUGAUCGCCAACCAGUUCAAAAUCACCGAUGACUUCGUGCCCCAGCUCGAGGCCAUCACCCCCAACUCUGGCACCUACCAGAACGAGGCCGACUUCCGCCAACCGAACUGGAAGCAGACUUUCUUCGGCAGCAACUACGACCGUCUUCUUGAUAUCAAGCGCAGAUGGGAUCCUUGCUCCUUCUUCUAUGCUCUCAAGGCCGUUGGUAGUGACUCUUGGAACGUUGAGAAGUCCGGCCGUAUGUGCCGUGCUCACUAA